GCUUGCCCAAAAGAAACCCGGGCGCCUCAGCCGAAUCGCCCUCGACGAGAUGAGCCGCUAUCUCGCAGACAAGGCCGAGACGGAGGAGGAAGCGAAGAGCUGGCAAGGUCAAAGAGUCACGGCAUACUUGAAUGAAGUCAUCAUGACGGUUCACGGUCCUCAGAAGGUGGGGCUUCGAAUGACUCGAGAGCUUCAGACGUUGUCGACGGCUCUGGAUCAUCUGAUGGCGGGGCGUCUGGCACAUGCCAGCGACACCUUGAUACAACGGCUGAAGGCCUGCGAGACUUCCCUGUGGGAAGGGGGUUGGUCGACAGCAACACACCUGGAGAUCAUUCCGCCGACCACCGCAACGCUGGUGCAGCCGGAGGAGAGGGAACUCGCCACCAAGCAGGAGCUGCGAGCCCUGAAGAUGAGAGAAGCCCUCAAGAAGGCAAAGGUCACCUUCAACGAGGCCGUGAUAGCCCGUCACAAGGCCGAGGCGGCCGUGAGGAAAGAGGCCAACCUAGGCCGCGUUUUGGAAGAGGAUCAAGGCCAGUCGCAAGCGGGCAGACCCGAAGGGGGAAAGGUGAAGGAGAUCAUGGCCUGGCUUACAGAAAAUGAAGGGAGCAUUUGUCAGCUCAUUGAAAGUUCUCUGAAGCCCACGUGGGAGCAGAGCCAUCGGGUGCGGAAUUUGAUGCCUCUCCCCCUUUGGCCGGACGUGAUACUGGCCAUGCAAGAAGUUAUAGAAAACCAGAAGUACAAGGAUAAGCCAGGUGAGUGGAGGUCAAGGGGAAACACCAAGAAUAAGGCCAGCCGUGCCUUAAGAAACCAGGGGUUGCUUCUGUGGCAUGGCCUGUCGGUGAUUGGGUUGAACUGGAUGCAUAGCGGAGGAAGCUUGGCAGAAGGAGUGGCUCAACCAGCAGGCCGUGCCACCUCACAGCAAGAGGAUGCCCUAUGUCGCAUCUGGGACAUGGUCAAGACCUUUGUGGAAGAGAAACCCAAGAGAGGGGGCGUACCCAGGACUCCGCAAGGAGGGUGGGACGCAGAACUGGAGAAGCUCAAGGUGAGCUACACAGGUGAAGUCGUGGAGAAAGCCAGGCCUCUCACCCUUGAGCAGAUUUUGCCUGGCCUCCCCUCAGCAGAGCACGGAGGCCUUGUGAAUAUCCUGGAUGUGGUGGAUGAGAAAAUGAGAGACAAGCUCAGCAGUCCGGAUCUUAUGUUGCGAGAGGUAAGUGGGCUCAUCCCGCAGCCGCAGGUUUUGUGCGGAGAUGAAGAGUGGGAGAAGGUGGUGCAGGCUCUACAUGAGAGGCCUCCCAGUGACCCAGUGCUGCGAAUGAUUUUUGAUCUUAGAGCCAGCAACACCAUCUUGGAACAGUUGCAAGGAGAUGUCCGUACAUUGACGGGCGCUGCGAGCUUUCAGAAGCUGAUGCUGGGCCCUGAGGACCAACUUUUGGUGUCAGGGGAUGAUCUCACCGCAGCCUUCUACCUGUUCAGGUUGCCCCCAGACUGGGCAAAGUAUUUAGUGCUGCGAAAGCCAGUGAGGCGCUCGCUGUUUGAACCUGGGCACAGUGGCGAGACCCUGGUGGGCAUCAAUGUCCUACCCAUGGGUUGGUCAAGCGCAGUGGCGAUCAUGCAGUGCGCUCAUCGGCAACUGGCGCUGCGGACUGAGCUGCGGUUUGGGGCUGCGCUACAUGAAAAAGCAGAGAUCAGGAAGGAUGCAGUGUUCCCCUCGUUGGAAGAAAGUCCGGCCUGGGCCAUCUACUUGGACGACACCACAAUCUUGGAGAAGGUGAGUAAGGAGGUGGCUAGGAGUUUGGAAGGGCUACCACCCGACGAGCAGCUGCGACUUCGCAGAGCUUAUGAAUGGUGGGGUAUCCCGACCAACGCUGGGAAGGCUCUGGGUGUGCCGAGAGACUGGGGGCACUCCUUGACGGAGAAAAGGGAGAUCUUUACAAGUUUUGCCCACAGCAAGGACAGGGUAUCAGCCACCACAAGUUUCUAUGAUGAGAUGAUGGCUGGUGGUGGAGCUUGCUAUGCCUCUCGUUUGAGUCGCCUUGGAGAAGAAGAGUUGGAAAGGCUGAUGGAGGAAGAACAGAAGCAGGGGGAGCCACCCUCGUCUGACUUCAGAGAUGUGCCUCAAAAGAUAAUAGUAAUUGAUCUGUUUGCUGGCAUCGGUGGACCGGAAAGGGCGCUUGAGUUGGCUGAAGUCAAACCAUGGUUCACGGUGGCUGUGGAGGCAGACCCGGAUUGCAGACGAUGUCUAAAGAGGAGGUUCCCGGGCAUGGAUUUCUGCACUGACAUCAAAAAGGUGGACAAGGAGAUGGUUCAGCGGUGGCUGCGCCGGGUGCCUGAUGCCAAUGGAGUCAUAGUAGGAGGAGGCAGUCCCUGCCAGGGGCUAUCCCGGUUGUCAGUAGACCGGCAACAUUUGGAGGACCCUCGAAGUGGGUUGUUCUUCGAGGCCGUGAGGGUUUUCAAGUUGGUACAGGAAGUUUCUGGAGAACGUGGUGCCAGACGAUCAAACCUUUUGGAGAUGAGUCUGGCCCUCGGGAUGAGACUGCUGUUGGUGGACUCUCAGCAUUUGUCUCGGGCCAGGCGGCCACGAAUGUUCUGGUUGUCAGUGGACCUGAUGGACCACGAGGAGGUGGAGAUUUAUCAGCGGGAGCUGUAUGACGAAGUCAUUUUCGGGGCCGCAACGGAACCCAUGCAAGCCAUUUUGGAUGAAGGCUGGGAUUGGGAGCCGGGUCGGCGUGAUACAGGCAAGAGAUUCCCCAUCUUCACCAGGGCGAUCAAGAGACAAAAGCCCCCAAAAGAACCGGCGGGGCUAGCCUCUACAGACGAGACGGGGAAGCCCGACAGCGCUGGAGGGAACAUCACUUCAGAGGAAAAGGAGGCUGCUGAAGAUUUGCGCUGCAGCGCCUUGGGAAAUUCGUUUCACGCAGUGCUGGUUGCUGCCCUUUUGUGCUAUGCGCUGUGGUCGUAUGGAGUCAAGAAACUGUCAGGCCAUCAUGAGAUGGUGGAGGCGUGGGCAGAAGAACUCAAAAGAAUGGCUGUCUCGCCCCCACCCACCACAGUGGAGGUGGUCACGGAUCAGACCCAAGCGGGGGGAGAUCCGGGUGAGGACAGUGACACCACGCAAGUACAGAGUUUCAAGAUGGAAAGAAAAACGAUCCCUCGCUCCCCUGCAUCAGCAACAAGCAUUGCGGGGGUAACAGAAAGAGACCUUAACCUUGCAGUACAGAUGGUUCAAGCUUUUGUUCGGCGGCAAGAGUACAGAGGAAGUGAUGUCCGGUUGGACGUGAGCACACUGUACCGGCCGGAUACCUUUCCGCGUGCCACGGUCAACCCACAUAGGUGGCUGUGGCAUGAAGCCCAUGCUUAUCCUUUCCAGAGGGAAGAGCAUAUCAACGUCCUCGAGCUUCGAGCGCUCAUUCAUUGUGUGGAAUGGCGCUUACGGAAGAAUGGGUUUCAUGGCACAAGGUUCCUGCACCUCUCAGACUCGCAGGUGCUGAGCGUGGCAGUGAAGGGUCGAAGCAGCAGCAGGCAGCUUAAUCAUCUCCUUCGGCGCUUGGGGUCUAUGCUGGUGGCAGCUGGUCUUUACCCAGCAUUGGCUUGGAUUGAGAGCCACCUCAAUCCGGCUGAUGCCCCCUCGCGCAGAAUGUCAAGUAAAAAGAAGGUGCAACAUAUACCCACACAAGCAAGCCGUAACGAAGAAAGACGCAAGGUAGGUCCUCUAUCCAAACUCGUGGUUCAACCAAAAACGCAGACCCGGUAUGAGGGAGCGUUUCACCUUUUCUGUAAGUUUCACAAUGUUUCAUUCAACUUUUCCCCUCCUGAGCCUCAUGUGCUGGAUGAUUGGGCAGCAGAAUAUAUUGAGGCUUUGUGGGAGGAUGGCCACCCCAAAUCCAUGGCAUCCUAUGCUCUGGCUGCGCUGCAGUAUUUCCGGCCACAGGCCAAAAAUCAUUUGGUGUGGUCAUGGAAAUUAGUUAAGACUUGGAAUCAAGUCGAGCUUCCCACCAGAGCCACCCCUUUGACGCCAGAUUUGCUGUUGGCUAUGGCUGGUCAAUGUUUCAAAUGGAAACAACAGCGGCUAGGACGGCUCCUGGUCUUGGGUUUUUCAGCAUUUCUCCGAACGUCAGAAUUGUUGAACCUGCAACGCAAAGAAGUCAUACUCCCAUCAACUGCAGGCCCUCGGGAAGCAGUCCUUUUGUUAGCAACAACGAAAGGAACCAAAAAGAACUUUUUACCUUUAGACAAGGUAGUGUUGCAGGAGCGUUUGGCGUUACAAGCCCUUGAGCAGUUGUGUGAAGGCAUUCAGCCUGGCGAUGCCCUAUCGCAACUCAGCAACCAUCAGUUUAGGAGGCUGUUUCGGGACCUCUUGGUUGAGCUGAAAUUGCAUGAAGCAGGGUAUAUGCCUUACAGCCUCAGCAGAGGGGGGGUGACUAGUGCAUAUCGCACUGGGGUCUCUCUAUAG